AUGGCAACAAUCACAUUAGAAGGUUACCGCUCCAAAUUAAUGGAACUAAUGAGGUUUGAUGGCUGCCAAAUUGUAUGUAACUUGACACUGUGUUUUGGUCUUGAGAUAGUGCGGUGGGCGUGUGCGCGGCUGGGCGUGGCGGCCCCGCCUACUGUCGCGAAGACGGAGUUCGCGACCGGAAAAAUCGUAAACCGCGCCGCGCCGCCGCCUCGUGGUCGUGUAGCCGCCGUAUCGCGCGUCGGGAUUCAGCGCACUUGUUGCGCCGACUUGAAUAGUGUGCGCGCGCCCUUAUGCCCUGGGAACUACUUACAAACAAUUUUCUAG